AUGGUGUAUGUUUGGAAUGAGACGUAUGAUAGUGCUGCAGUGGGGUUUAUAUUUAUGGGCAGUGUGCUAGUUUUCUUUAUGGUACCUGGUCUAGGGUUUUUAUAUUCUGGGUUGGCGCGACGUAAGUCAGCUCUUUCGUUGAUAUGGGCAGUUUUGAUGGCGGGUAUUGUGGGUAUUAUACAGUGGUAUAUUUGGGGGUUUUCGUUAGCAUUUUCUUCUACAGCGGAGAAUAAUAAGUUUAUUGGUAAUCUUGAUUCGUUUGGGAUGCGAAAUGUCUAUGGGAAGGUGAGUGAGAAUGCGGAGUAUCCCGAGCUUGUGUUUGCUAUAUUCCAAGGGUUAUUUAUGUGUGUUACGUUGGCAAUUAUUGCAGGGGCAGUUGCAGAGAGAGGUAGGUUGCUGCCGCAUAUGGUGUUUUUGUUCUGUUUUGCGACGUUGGUAUAUUGUCCCGUUACUUAUUGGAUCUGGGCCUCCGGUGGGUGGGCUUAUCAGUGGGGGGUGCUCGAUUGGGCUGGGGGUGGGCCAGUUGAGAUUUUGUCGGCGGUUGGAGGGUUUGUUUACUCUUACUUCUUGGGUAAACGGCGUGAGAAUCUGUUGAUUAAUUUCAGACCUCAUAAUGUGUCGAUGGUGACGUUGGGUACUUCAAUUCUUUGGGUUGGGUGGCUAGGUUUUAACGGGUGCACGGCGCUGUCGCCAAACUUGAGGGCGGUGUACGCGCUGAUGAAUACCAAUAUCAGUGCUGCAAUGGGCGGGAUGGCGUGGUGUUUGGUGGACUAUCGUCUUGAACGCAAAUUGUCCACGGUUGGGUUGUGUUCCGGUGUUAUCUGCGGUCUAGUUGCAGCUACACCAUCGUCAGGAUGUAUAACACUCUACGGUUCGCUUAUCCAAGGCAUCGUGGCAGGGAUUGUCUGCAACUUUUCUACCAAGAUUAAAUACUAUCUGCACGUCGAUGAUGCAAUGGAUAUCUUGGCUGAGCACGGCAUCGCCGGCAUUGUUGGUUUGAUCUUCAACGCGCUGUUCUCUGCAGACUGGGUGUUAGGUAUGGAUGGAGCAACUGAACAUGACGGCGGCUGGUUAACGCAUAACUGGAAACAAAUGUACAAGCAGCUAGCAUAUGUAGCUGCCGUUUCCGCUUACAGUAUAGUCGUCACUUCAUUAAUUUGUAUGUUGAUUAACAGAAUUCCAGGUCUGGCGCUGCGCGCUUCUCAUGAAGCUGAAGAACACGGAAUGGACGAAGACCAGAUAGGUGAGUUUGCCUACGAUUACGUAGAAGUUAGAAGGGAUUACUUCUCCUGGGGGAUGCAAAACGAGCAAGCAUCGCAAUCGGCCACCGCUAGUUCCCUUGAGCAAGCUGAAAAGGCACAUCAGCAAGAUACUAAUGCCAAGGAGCAGUAA